AUGCUAGCUGAUUCAGUGUCAGAAUUUCUUGAGGUUGGCAAAAAGCAACCUGCUUUGGAUGUUCUUUAUGAUGUUAUGAAAAGUAAGAAGCAUAGAACAUGGCAAAAGAUACAUGAGCCAAUUAUGUUGAAAUACUUGGAACUUUGUGUGGAUCUUCGCAAGAGCCACUUGGCUAAGGAAGGACUAUACCAGUAUAAGAACAUUUGUCAACAGGUGAACAUCAAAUCUCUAGAGGAUGUUGUUAGGGCGUAUUUGAAAUUGGCAGAGGAAAAAACUGAAGCUGCUAAAGAAGAAUCCCAGCAGAUGGUCUUAGACAUAGAAGAUCUGGAUAAUAUUCAAACUCCUGAAAGUGUGCUACUGAGUGCUGUAAGUGGUGAAGACACGCAGGAUCGUACUGACAGAUUGCUUUUAACUCCAUGGGUGAAGUUCCUGUGGGAAUCAUAUAGACAGUGUUUGGACCUUCUUCGAAACAAUUCUAGAGUAGAGCGCCUCUACCAUGAUAUUGCUCAACAAGCUUUCAAAUUCUGCCUCCAAUACACCCGUAAGGCUGAAUUCCGUAAGUUGUGUGACAAUUUGAGGAUGCACUUAUCGCAGAUUCAGCGGCACCAUAACCAAAGUACAGCUAUCAAUCUUAAUAAUCCAGAGAGCCAGUCCAUGCAUUUGGAAACUAGGCUCGUUCAGUUGGACAGUGCUAUCAGCAUGGAAUUGUGGCAGGAAGCAUUUAAAGCUGUGGAAGAUAUUCAUGGGCUAUUCUCCUUAUCUAAAAAACCACCUAAACCUCAGCUGAUGGCAAAUUAUUAUAACAAAGUCUCAACUGUGUUUUGGAAAUCUGGAAAUGCACUUUUUCAUGCCUCUACAUUACAUCGUCUUUACCAUCUGUCUAGAGAAAUGAGAAAGAACCUUACACAGGAUGAGAUGCAAAGAAUGUCUACUAGAGUCCUUUUGGCCACUCUUUCCAUCCCUAUUACCCCUGAGCGUACUGAUAUUGCUCGCCUUCUGGAUAUGGAUGGCAUUAUAGUUGAAAAACAGCGUCGCCUUGCAACACUACUAGGUCUUCAGGCCCCACCCACACGAAUUGGCCUUAUUAAUGAUAUGGUCAGAUUCAAUGUACUGCAGUAUGUUGUCCCAGAAGUGAAAGACCUUUAUAAUUGGCUGGAAGUAGAAUUUAAUCCAUUGAAACUCUGUGAGAGAGUCACAAAGGUUCUUAACUGGGUUAGAGAACAACCUGAAAAGGAACCAGAGUUGCAACAGUAUGUCCCACAACUGCAGAACAACACCAUACUACGCCUUUUGCAGCAGGUGGCACAGAUUUAUCAGAGCAUUGAGUUUUCUCGUUUGACCUCUCUGGUUCCUUUUGUUGAUGCUUUCCAACUGGAACGGGCCAUAGUUGAUGCAGCCAGGCACUGUGACCUGCAGGUUCGUAUUGACCACACUUCUCGGACCCUUAGUUUUGGAUCUGAUUUGAAUUAUGCUACUCGAGAAGAUGCUCCAAUUGGUCCUCAUUUGCAAAGCAUGCCUUCAGAGCAGAUAAGAAAUCAGCUUACAGCCAUGUCUUCAGUACUUGCAAAAGCACUUGAAGUCAUUAAGCCUGCUCAUAUACUGCAAGAGAAAGAAGAACAGCAUCAGCUGGCUGUUACUGCGUAUCUUAAAAAUUCACGAAAAGAGCAUCAGCGUAUCCUGGCUCGCCGACAGACAAUUGAGGAAAGGAAAGAGCGGCUUGAGAGUCUGAAUAUUCAGCGUGAGAAAGAAGAAUUGGAGCAGCGAGAAGCUGAACUCCAGAAAGUACGGAAGGCUGAAGAAGAGAGGCUGCGCCAGGAGGCAAAGGAGAGGGAGAAGGAGCGUAUCUUACAGGAGCAUGAACAAAUAAAAAAGAAAACUGUUCGUGAGCGUUUGGAGCAGAUCAAGAAAACAGAACUGGGUGCCAAAGCAUUCAAAGAUAUUGAUAUUGAAGACCUUGAAGAAUUGGAUCCAGAUUUUAUCAUGGCUAAGCAGGUUGAACAACUAGAAAAAGAAAAGAAAGAACUUCAAGAACGCCUAAAAAAUCAAGAGAAGAAGAUUGACUAUUUUGAAAGAGCUAAACGUUUGGAAGAAAUUCCUUUGAUAAAGAGUGCUUAUGAGGAACAAAGAAUUAAAGACAUGGAUCUUUGGGAACAACAAGAAGAAGAAAGAAUUACUACAAUGCAGCUAGAACGUGAAAAAGCUCUUGAACAUAAGAAUCGGAUGUCACGAAUGCUUGAAGACAGAGAUUUAUUUGUGAUGCGACUUAAAGCUGCACGGCAGUCUGUUUAUGAGGAAAAACUUAAACAGUUUGAAGAGCGAUUAGCAGAAGAAAGGCAUAAUCGUUUGGAAGAACGCAAAAGGCAGCGGAAAGAAGAACGCAGAGUAACUUACUACAGAGAAAAGGAGGAGGAGGAACAGAGGAGGGCAGAAGAGCAAAUGCUAAAAGAGCGAGAAGAGAGAGAGCGUGCUGAACGAGCCAAACGUGAAGAAGAGCUACGAGAGUAUCAAGAGAGGGUCAAAAAAUUAGAAGAAGUGGAAAGGAAAAAACGCCAAAGGGAAUUGGAAAUUGAAGAAAGAGAACGUCGUAGAGAGGAAGAGAGAAGACUCGGUGAUGACCCACUGUCUAGGAAGGACUCUCGUUGGGGAGACAGAGAUUCAGAAGGCACAUGGAGAAAAGGCCCUGAAGCAGAUUCUGAGUGGAGACGAGGCCCACCAGAGAAGGAAUGGAGACGUGGAGAAGGGCGAGAUGAGGACAGGCCUCUUAGAAGAGAUGAAGAAAGACCAAGGCGCUUGGGAGAAGAUGAAGAGAGAGAAUCUGCUCUUAGACCUGAUGAUGAUCGGAUUCCCCGGCGAGGCAUGGAUGAUGACAGAGGCCCCAGACGUGGUCUGGAUGAAGAUCGGUUCUCUCGCCGUGGGGCAGACGAUGACCGGCCUUCCUGGCGUAAUGCGGAUGAUGACAGGCCUCCCAGACGAAUUGCAGAUGAGGACAGAGGGAGCUGGCGUCAUGCAGAUGAUGACAGACCACCUAGACGAGGACUGGAUGAGGAUAGGGGAAGCUGGCGAACUGCUGAUGAGGACAGAGGACCGAGACGUGGAAUGGAUGAGGACCGGGGGCCAAGGCGAGGAGGUGCUGAUGAUGAGCGAUCAUCCUGGCGUAAUGCUGAUGAUGACCGGGGCCCAAGGAGGGGCUUGGAUGAAGACCGGGGUCCCAGGCGUGGGUUAGAUGAUGAUCGAGGACCUUGGAGGAAUGCUGAUGAUGAUAGAAUUCCGAGACGCAGUGCAGAUGAUGACCGGGGGCCUUGGAGAAACAUGGAUGACGACCGGAUGUCGAGACGUGCUGAUGAUGAUCGGAUCCCAAGACGGAGUGAUGAUUCAAGACCUGGUCCCUGGAGACCAUUUGUCAAGCCAGGUGGAUGGAGAGAGAAAGAAAAAGCUAGAGAAGAAAGUUGGGGUCCACCUCGAGAAUCAAGACCACCGGAAGAACGUGAAUGGGAUAGAGAAAAAGAACGGGAGAGAGAUAAUCAAGAUCGUGAGGAGAACGACAAGGACCCUGAAAGAGAAAGGGACAGAGAGAGAGAUGGGGAUCGAGAAGAUCGCUUCAGAAGACCUAGGGAUGAAGGUGGCUGGAGAAGAGGGCCAGCUGAGGAAUCUUCGAGCUGGAGAGAUUCAAGUCGCCGUGAUGAUAGGGACAGGGAUGACCGUCGUCGUGAGAGAGAUGAUCGACGCGAUCUAAGAGAAAGACGAGAUCUCAGAGAUGACAGAGACCGGAGAGGACCUCCUCUCAGAUCAGAGCGCGAAGAAGCAAGUUCUUGGAGACGUACUGAUGACAGGAAAGAUGACCGCGCAGAAGAGCGGGAUCCUCCUCGUCGUGUUCCUCCUCCAGCUCUCUCAAGAGACCGAGAAAGAGAACGAGAACGAGACCGAGACCGAGAACGAGAAGGUGAAAAAGAGAAGGCCUCGUGGAGAGCUGAGAAAGAUAGGGAAUCUCUUCGUCGUACUAAAAAUGAGACUGAUGAAGAUGGAUGGACCACAGUACGACGUUAAGUCUCAAGAAAAUGGAUUCAGACUCGUGUCUUACAUAAGUUUGAUCACAUUCAAGGAUUAUUAUACUUGUGCUUCAACCAAUCUAAAUUGGAUUCUUUAAUGUUGUUUCACCAUAACACAAAAAGCAUGAACUUGUAUUAAUCCUAUAUAAUAGAUUGAUCAUGCACCAUAUCCACAGAAGGUUGGAAAACCAUGCCAUUUUCUGGAAUUUAAGGUGUUGCAUUAUUUCAUCAAUCAUUUGUUUACAAAAAAGAAAAACUAAAAAAUAAAUUUAAAAUGUGAACCCUUCAGGUAUUGAGUAACACCUGUAUUUUGGUAGAGAACUGAUCUUUUUUUCUUUUGAUUUUGAACUGAUUAAUUUGGAAUGAGGUAAGGUUCUAUUAAAGAAAAUGUAUUUGAAGACCUUUUCAAAGCAGUGGUUCUGAAACAGUUUUCACACCAUUAAUGGAUGAAACAUACCUCUAGGCAUUUUGAGGUAUUUACUAUUAACUAAAUUUAGAGAGUUUUUAGAUUCACAAUAAGUGCAGUAAACAUUAUAAACAUUGAAUACAGUGGAAUUAUCUGUAGAUUUUGAGAGCAGGUAAGUAUAAAGCUAUUUGCAGUCAUUAUUGUAAUGAUAAGAAUACUUCUUAAGCGUGAAUCCAAAACAGUACAACUUUUGAAUUUUAAAGCAUUUGGUAAACUAUCGCUGAGUUUUUUCUGUUGCCAAUAGUACACUGCUUUUCCAUUAAUGGAGAAUUCAUGCCUUUCAAGCAUUUUAAAUAUGACAAUAUUUAUAAAUGUGUGGUU